CUUUUUGGUAAAUGAUCAAAUUUCGCUUUUUCUAUAGUUCUUUUUUCCAGCAUUGGAUAAGAAGAAGACCUUUUCAAUAGCUCAAAAUGGCUAACUGAAGUCCCCGCCACCAAAGCAUAGGCGGAGCACGGUGCUUCUAUCGAUAACUGGCCUUUUACCAUUACCAACUCUAUAAAAAGGGGAGAAGAGAAUAUGGUAGUUGGCGGUUCCUCCAUUCAAUCUCGGAUUAUCUCCAGCUUUGUUGGAGAAUGCUGUCUUGCCCGGUCGAAAUCCCGCUCCCUUCAUCAACUCUUCCGCUACGACCCAGGGGAAAAACAUACGUCUAUGCGAUUGUCCAGACCAUUCUCUGGAUUAGCUGACUUUUUAUUUAAUAAAAGGGAAGGGGAAGAAUCAUCUAGUAAAACUGUAAAUAAACGUUUAAGGCCUGGGAAAGUAUCUCCACGUCGACCUGUUCCUGAUCACAUACAGAAGCCACCCUACGUCAAAUCUCGCAAAGCACCAGGUGUUUCUGGUGGACCUGAAGUGCACGAUGAAAUAGGUACUGAAAAGAUGAGAGCUUCUGGAAGGCUUGCUGCGAUGGUUCUUCAGCAUGCUGGUUCUUUGGUCAAGCCAGGCAUCACAACAGAUGAAAUUGACCAAGAGGUCCACAGAAUGAUCAUUGACAAUGGAGCAUAUCCUUCCCCUCUUGGUUAUGGUGGGUUCCCCAAGAGUGUAUGUACAUCUGUGAAUGAGUGCAUUUGCCAUGGGAUUCCAGAUUCUCGUGAGCUUGAGGACGGUGACAUUGUGAAUAUCGAUGUUACAGUUUAUCUUAAUGGGUACCAUGGUGAUACAUCGGCAACAUUUUUUGUUGGAGAUGUUUCAGAGGAAGCCAGAAAAUUGGUACAGGUAACUAAGGAUUGCCUGGACAGGGCAAUAGCAAUGUGUGCUCCAGGAGUUGAAUACAAUAAAAUUGGCAAGACGAUCCACAAUCUUGCAGAUGAACAUGGAUAUGGAGUUGUCGAACAAUUUGUUGGCCAUGGAGUAGGACGUGUUUUCCAUUGCGACCCAGUUAUUCUACAUUGCAGAAACAAUGGUCGUGGACGCAUGAUUCUAAAUCAGACUUUUACCAUCGAACCGAUGCUAACUAUUGGUAGCAUAAAACCUAUUAUGUGGGAUGAUAAUUGGACAGUGGUGACAGCAGAUGGGAGCCUUUCAGCACAAUUCGAGCACACAAUCUUAAUAACUGAAAAUGGCGCCGAAAUACUCACUCAGUGCUAAGGUCAUGAUAGUGAUCCAUGGAAGUCAUUCCUUACCAAGAAAGCUGGGAACAAGGGGCUGGAACGGCCUCCCUAAAAAAGUCACACUUCAUUCUUCUACUAUUGUAUCGAUAGCUGCUUGUUUUUGAGCAUUAGUUAACAGUGAUGAUUUGCUUCUGUUCUUUCUGUCUCUAUGGGGUUACAGAUUGGAAUUUAUUUGCCAUUUUUUACAAAUUGGAAAACCAGAAACAACUAGAAUUUCCUUCUGAAUAGGUCAUCCUGUCUUGCUAAACUGACCAGUGAACACAUUGUUAUCUCUUCGUUGAAAGUAUGUAGUACUAACAUGUAAUGCUGACAUCAUAUCAUAUUUGAAUAUAUAAUACUCGCAUAUUUUGGGACGGAGGGAGUACUUAGAGGGAGUUUGAUGAUCCAAAAUAAUGAAUAAAAUUUAUACUCAUUCCCUCUUUUCCCUAUUCUAAAUGUAGC